AUGGGAGUCGGAAUCGAUGUUAGCGAUGAAAAUAUCCAUGGCAGGUUCGAUAAAUUGGCGAAAAUAGGGAUCAUCAAGUACGGGCCAUCAACCGUGAUUCCUAUUGUUGACAGAAACUUCCCGCUCGAAUUCCGUAUCUAUCCAACUUCCUCCCAAAAGCCUCUGACAGUCAACGACUCCGUCGCAUCACACUCGCACCUUGAUGACGGCGAACCUGAAAAGCUCGGCCCAGGCAGCGACAUAUACAGAAGCCACCCAGACCAAAUACUCGGAAUAAUCAAUGGCACUCACAUUCUUGCGUUGAAUAUAUACCCUGUUUUCCGGCCUCAAUAUCUCCUUCUCACGUGCGACUCAUAUCGUCUGCAGGACGAGCCUUUGGAUCUUCAUGAUAUCAAAGCUGUGUGGGAAUUCCUCAAUGUAACGACAGAGACUUAUUAUGCUAUGUAUAACUGCGCUGAACAGUCGGGAUGUAGUAGGAAGCAUAAACAUAUGCAGAUCCUGCCCAAACCUGAAGCCAUAAAUCCGGAUGCAGAGGCCUUCCGCUUCUUUCCUGAUGUUAGAGAUCGGCAAAUUCAGGUGCCGUAUGUUUAUUUCCUGCACUACUUCUAUCCUUUACGAAAGGGACAGCCAAUGGAUAGCGAAGCUGUAUUUGCUACCUACUCGAAUCUACUACGACAGUAUCGAACGAUGCUCGGCAUUGCCGAACAUGCUACAUGUGCUCAUAAUGUGCUUCUCACAAAGGAGUGGAUAAUAGUGAUUCCUCGACGGAAAGGCAACUACAAAGGAAUCAUGGCGAAUGCAACAGCAAUGAUGGGGCAGCCCACCGUCUCAAGCCAGGAGUUAUUCAAGAUUUGGACUGAUGAGGGGCCAGUAAAGUGUCUCGGUGAGUUCGGCAUAUCAAAUACGAGUCUUUGA